AUGGAGCAGAAGGAAGGGAAGCCCUCUGAGGAUGGGACCACCGUCUCCCCAGUUGCAGACAACCCUGAGAUGUCAGGAGGUGGAGCCCCUGCAGAGGAGACCAAAGGCACAGCUGGAAAGGCCAUCAAUGAGGGGCCUCCUGCCGAGGCAGGAAAGCAGGAAAAGGCACCAGCUGAGGAUGGCAUUUCAGCGGAACUCCAGGGGGAAGCAAAUGGAUUAGAUGAGGUCAAGGUGGAAUCUCAGAGGGAGGCUGGUGGGAAAGAGGAUGCUGAGGCUGAACUUAAAGAGGAGAAUGGUGAGAAGGAAGAGACCACUGCGGCUUCUCAGGAGAUGACUGGCAGGAAAGAAGAGACCAAAUCUGAACCCAAGGAGGCUGAGGAAAAGGAGGAGAGCGUGCCGGCCUCUGAGAAGCAGAAGGCGGAGGAGAAAGAGGCCAAACCUGAAUCUGGGCAGAAAGCCGAUGCCAACGACAGAGACAAGCCUGAACCUAAGGCAACUGUUGAGGAGGAGGAGGCCAAGACAGCCUCUCAGAAGGAGACAGGCCAGAGGGAGGAGCGCAGCACUGAACCCAAGGAGAAGGCUAGUGACGAAGAGGCCAAGGCUGAAUCGCAGAAGAAGGCUGUUGUGGAGGAUGAGGCUAAGGCUGAACCCAAGGAGUCCGAUGGGAAAGAGGAGGCCAAACACGAUACAACAAAGGAGGCUGAUGCAAAGGAGGAAGUGGAGGAGGCGGAGGAGGCAGAGCCAGGCAGUCCCAGUGAAGAGCAGGAGCAGGACGUGGAAAAAGAGCCAGAGGGAGGGGCAGGGGUGCUUCCCAGCUCCCCAGAGGAGUGGCCUGAGAGCCCCACGGGGGAGGGGCACAACCUCAGCACAGAUGGGUUGGGUCCAGACUCCGUAGCUUCUGCAGAGACCAGUCCUUCAGCCAGUGAGUCUUCACCCAGCGAUGUGCCCCAGAGUCCCCCCGAGUCCCCUCCCUCAGGGGAGAAGAAGGAGAAGGCACCAGAGCGCAGGGUAUCAGCCCCUGCUCGGCCCCGGGGGCCCCGAGCACAGAACCGCAAAGCCAUCGUGGACAAGUUUGGCGGGGCAGCGUCUGGCCCUACAGCCCUGUUCCGGAACACUAAGGCAGCCGGGGCAGCCAUUGGUGGUGUCAAGAACAUGCUCUUGGAGUGGUGCCGAGCCAUGACAAAAAAAUACGAGCACGUGGACAUCCAGAACUUCUCCUCCAGCUGGAGCAGUGGCAUGGCCUUCUGUGCCCUCAUCCACAAGUUCUUCCCUGACGCCUUUGACUACACAGAGCUGGACCCCACGAAGCGCCGGCACAACUUCACCCUGGCCUUCUCCACAGCAGAGAAACUGGCUGACUGUGCUCAGCUGCUGGACGUGGAUGACAUGGUGCGGUUGGCUGUGCCUGACUCCAAGUGCGUCUACACCUACAUCCAGGAGCUGUACCGCAGCCUCGUGCAGAAAGGACUGGUGAAGACCAAGAAGAAAUGAGGAGGUGACUGGCUCUGCG